UCCGCCCCAAACAUGGCAGCGCCCUUGCUGAACGUGUAGUUGUUGUACGGAGUGUCAAAGAUGAACCGCCUCACAAAGUCACCUGGCAAAUGCUGAAGUCUUCGCGUACAGUAUGGACAGACGAGAGUUCACAGCCUCCCUUGUGGCAGGAGGGUGCGCAGGAAUGUGUGUAGAUCUCACUCUCUUUCCACUGGACACCAUUAAGACAAGACUGCAGAGCCAGCAGGGCUUCUACAAGGCGGGAGGUUUCCGAGGGAUCUAUGCAGGAGUCCCGUCUGCUGCCAUAGGCUCCUUUCCUAAUGCUGCCGCAUUCUUUGUCACCUAUGAGAGCACCAAGUCAGUUUUCUCUGGCUACACCUCAUCAAACCUGGCCCCCAUCACUCACAUGCUGGCUGCUUCACUAGGAGAAAUCGUUGCCUGUCUGAUCCGUGUGCCCACUGAAGUGGUAAAGCAGAGGACACAAGCCAAUCCCUCCAUCAGUACCUACAGGGUGCUGCUGAACACACUACAAGAAGAGGGAUUCAGAGGGCUGUACAGAGGUUAUGGAAGUACAGUACUAAGAGAGAUCCCAUUCUCACUGGUGCAGUUUCCACUCUGGGAGUACCUAAAGGCCGUGUGGUGGAGGAGGCAGGGGGGACGGCUGGACUCUUGGCAGGCUGCAGUGUGCGGAGCUCUUGCAGGUGGCGUUGCUGCGUUCGUCACAACACCACUAGAUGUGGCGAAGACCUGGAUCAUGUUGGCUAAGGCUGGGACGAGCACAGCCAGUGGAAACAUCCCCAUGGUUUUGUGUGAGGUGUGGAGGAGCAGAGGAAUACCAGGGCUGUUUGCCGGCAGCAUCCCCAGAGUGACGUUCAUCAGCAUGGGAGGCUUCAUUUUCCUCGGAGCAUAUGAGAAAGUGCGCCGUACGCUUUUAUAAACACCUUCUGUGGCUCGGUUUGUACUGGACCGCUUUCCUCAAGCCAAACCCUCACUGUACAGCCAAAACUGCAAAAGCAAGGAGCAAACCGGCACCAGAGGCCAGUGGAGGCUGGUCAGAUCUGACUGAGAAACGCACCCUCUGUCCCAGUUUGAACCGGUGGUCUUGGGGGGCCACGGCGGGGACACCUGGUGCCUGGAUGGAAAAGAUCACAUAACACAGCGGUUUGCAUUCCUGCUCAUCAGUGCACAGCAGAUUGAGUUUAACUGCGUGAAUUCCACUUAUGUAGCACCACAGAUCGGGUUUAAACUCAGAUGUUCUUUUUUUGCAAGCCUAUGUCAAUCUAUUAAAGUGUUUUUAUAAAAA